AUGGCUGGGGAAUCUCUGGACACCAACAUCCCACGCAAAGAUGGAUUUCCAAUAGCCAGGGAUUUUUUUUACUGCCUAAAGGAACAGAGAGGGCUUCCGGACUCAGAGCUUCCCAAUGGCAAACAGGGUGUUGCAUGCAUUGGAAUUCCUGGUCAUGAGCAGUUGCUUUCUGACCAUGGCACAGCUCUGUUUCUGCUUGGGCUUUUUCUCUGCCAGGUCGAUUUGGAUUAUACCAUUACGACUGAGGAUCAAAUUUAUCUUCUCCUGGAGGCCAGAGUUCAGUGCGAACAGAACAUCACAGCCCAGCUCCAAGAAAAAAGAGAUGACAACUGCUUUCCGGAAUGGGAUGGCCUGAUCUGCUGGCCCCGGGGAUCUGUGGGGGAAACACUGGCUGUUCCUUGCCCUCCUUACAUUUACGACUUCAACCACAAAGGUAUGGCGUUCAGGCACUGUUCUUCAAACGGGACAUGGGUCUUUGUGCAAAGUUUAAACCGAACGUGGUCUAAUUACUCCGAAUGCCUGAGCUUCCUGCAAGCAGAAAUCCAUUCAGGAAAGAGAGAGUUUUUUGAACGCCUCUAUAUCAUGUACACGGUCGGCUACUCUGUCUCCUUCACCUCCCUGGCGGUGGCUAUUUUCAUUAUUGGCUACUUCAGGAGGCUUCACUGCACCCGGAAUUACAUCCACCUGCACCUGUUUGUCUCCUUCAUCCUGCGAGCCACCAGCAUCUUUAUCAAAGACAAAGUAGUCCACACUCAGGUUGGAGCGAAAGAGCUUGACUCUCUGCUCAUGGGAGACCUGCGGAGCGUCAUAGCAGCUCCUGUCUUAGACAAGCCCCAGUACGUAGGAUGCAAGAUCACCGUGGUGAUGUUCAUUUACUUCUUGGCAACCAACUACUUCUGGAUCCUGGUGGAAGGCCUCUAUCUGCACAGCUUGAUCUUUGUGGCGUUCUUCUCCGACACCAAGUACCUGUGGGGGUUUACCUUAAUCGGCUGGGGAUUUCCAGCUGCCUUCGUUGUGGCCUGGGCAGUGGUGCGAGCGAUGACGGCAGACUCAAGGUGCUGGGAGCUCAGCGCUGGAGACAUCAAAUGGAUUUACCAAGCUCCAAUUUUAGCAGCUAUUGGGUUAAACUUUGUUUUGUUCUUGAAUACUGUUCGGGUUUUGGCUACAAAAAUCUGGGAGACCAACGCUGUGGGUUAUGACACAAGGAAGCAAUAUAGAAAACUAGCGAAAUCUACCUUGGUGUUGGUCCUUGUCUUUGGAGUACAUUACAUUGUCUUUGUGUGCCUCCCUCACAACUUCACUGGGUUAGGCUGGGAGAUCCGAAUGCACUGUGAACUCUUCUUCAACUCCUUCCAGGGUUUUUUUGUUUCCAUCAUCUACUGCUAUUGCAAUGGAGAGGUGCAGACUGAGAUCAAGAAAAUAUGGGCCAGAUGGAACCCACCCAUUGACUGGAAAAGGACAGCCCCCUGUGGGAGUUACCGCUACGGCUCCGUCCUCACCAACAUGACCCACAGCACCAGCAGCCAGUCUCACAUGGUGGCCAGUUCCCGCAUGGUCUUGAUCUCCAACAGGGUGUGCAAAAAUUUUGCCCAGCAGUAUGACACCCACGCAGAUUUGCCUGGAUAUGUCAGCAGCAACUCUGAACAAGACGGCACGCACCACUGGAUUCACGAUCCGGCUGACGAAGGCGAAGAGAAGCGGGUGGAUGGCAUUUCUCUCAAGGAGAACCUUAGGCUCCAUGAUGCUCACAUGCGCCCCCUGGAGGAAGAGGAGGAAUGCAGCAGGGCAGAAGCCGAGGAAGUGCUUUAACGAGCCCUGGACCUCAGAUACAAUGGACGUGGUGACCUCUUGACUAAACAAUGACACUCACAUUUGAAUCUGAGGAAUUUCCAUCAACCAAUCCAGUUCAAUUCCCGUGAGGCUGCCUUACACGGAAUCAUCCCACUAGCUUAUCUCACACAGCCUCUUCCUCUGGGACUGUGACAGCAACUCUUAAAAGAAUCUGUUCCUCAGCCUGGUAUGAAUCUCUGGUAUGGAGAUGCUGCCAGCUGAGUUUGGGGAACUUCUACGUACAAAGGAGAUGCUCUUUCCUGGUGAACUCUGGGCCCUUAGAAGAUGCACACUCUUUAUCGAUGUGAUACCCACCUCUCUGCGAAAAACAAGAUGGAAAGCACUAUUGAAUUUGGAAUUAAUUAAUUAAUUAAUUUAAUUAAUUAAAACAGACCCCUUCUCUCUCUCUCUCUCUUUUUUAAACAUUAUUUUUAAAAUAAAGUUUUCAGCAAAAGGAAA